AUGGCAUCGGCUAACGAGAACCAUAACAAUGGCGACAAGGCCUCUACAAACUACAAGGAAGCAUUCUCUCUCUUCGAUAAGCGCGGAACCGGCCGUGUUGCCCUCGAGUCACUAGGCGAUCUGCUGCGAGCAUGCGGACAGAACCCAACUCUCGCUGAGAUCAGCGAACUGGAGAAGGGAAUUGGCGGAGACUUUGAUUUCGAUGCCUUUUCCAAAGUGCUUAACCGACCUGGUGGAUUCCGUGACCCAGGAGAGCCAGAGGAGUACUGCCGUGGCUUCCAGGUCUUCGACAAGGACAUGACUGGCUACAUCGGUGUUGGACAGCUUCGAUACAUCUUGACCAACCUCGGCGAGAAGAUGUCCGAUGAAGAGGUCGACGAGCUCCUCAAGGCCGUCGACACCAGCUCCGGCGAGAUAAACUACACCGGUAAGGCAUCUCUUUGGUUUUAA